UUCACUGGCGACGUCAGGUCAAAACACUAUGUGCACUGUUGUGUACAAUAAAAAAGGGUGCGCGGAAAAGCGCUUUAGAUUUUACCUGCAGGUAAAUGCAUUUGGACUGCUGCCCAUAAUGUCCAUAAUGCGUAUUUCCGGAUGACGACACGAAGUUCUACAAUCAUCACAUGAGCGUUUGUGACACACUUGUUGCACACAGGAGACAGUUUUGUGUCGCAAUCUCUUUACUACAGAACAGGUGGGCGACACUGGAGCUGUUGUGUUCACAGGUUCACACUUCGUGGCGGUGAGGUGACACGAGCGCCACCAUGUGGCGACAACACGUCAUGACAGAACAGAUCUUCCGAGAGGACAAGGAGAGGGAAACGUACCGUGACGUCAGGGAGGGGGAAAAGCGCGGGAAACUUCCCUUCAACAGGAGCAAGGUCCUGUUCGUAGGAGACACGUGGCAGGGGAAGACCAGUUUGAAGAAACGACUGACAGGACAGGAGUUUGACCCCCACGAGGGGCGGACUGAAGGGAUACAAACUAAGAUGGUGGAGACACAAGAGGUGGACCAGACCUGGGCAACGCGUCAUCACAAUGAGUCAGACUACAGCAGGAGUCUGGCUUGGUUCGUCGCACAAAGAAGUAAGAAACGUCCGAAGAAAGGCGCCACGAAAGAUCUCGGUAGUUUGAUGAAAACUGCUUCGUUUUACUUCGUUCUGUCGUUUCUGGCGGUGACGGCGCUGGAGUUUGGGUCUAGAGUAGGGUACGCUGUGGCGUCCCUACUUUUGACCAGUACAAUCUUUAUGAUGCAUCUGAACUCUGAUUUCUACCACGUCACGAGGAUUGCCUCCGCUAUCGCUGUGAACAGUGUCUUCAUAGGCGUCAUGAAAAACGGCGUGGAAGAUUUGUACCAAUCUAUUGGUCCUAUCCUGUCGAUGGGACCCUUCUCUCUACAGGGUUUUGUUUUCUGUGUCACGGUAACGUUCGUUUUCUGUCUCACAGAAGGGUUUGUAGUGUUCCCCUUCACCUGUAGGGUUAUGCACAUCAUGCUGUGUUUGGUCGCGCCGUGUCCGGAGUUUGGAGCUGUCGGGAUCCUUCACUUCAGGACGACUGACACUCCAGCCGGUCAUGAACUUCAACAUGCAUUCUUGUUCGAACCGCUAGGGAGCGUUAUUGGUCUAACUAUGUUUCAAUUCAGACACAUUCUCAUCAAGACCAAGCUCGGGACUUGCCCCGUGGGUCUUCAUCUUGGCAUCGGUAUUUCGUGCACAAUCAAGGCUCAGAAAUGGCUUUCGUCAAAAAUGACGGCACAGUACUUCUGGGUUGUUCAGCUGGUAUCCUUCCCUGUACAGAUAGCAACGAUAUUGACCAUCGCAAACCUGUUUGGCUGGCGUUUCUAUACACUGAAAGAUUGUCCUCUCUCCGCAAUGGUGGCGGUAGCAUUCUUUGUCUGCACAGAUUUAUACGAUAAGAAGAGCGUUUUCUUCAACUCUGAGUAUCCCGUUGUUCAUGACAAGCUUGUCGAAGAGGAGACAUUGGCGGCUCAGGUACCAGUCAAGCUGACGCUGAUGGAUUUUGCGGGAGAUGAGGACUUCUACAGCAUGCACCAUUUCUUCAUGGCACGAGAGGCUGUUUACGUGCUGGUGUUCAGUCUAGCGGAAGCCGCUAGGGGGCCCCACCGCACGUUUAGGAGGCUGCUGUUCUGGUUAGAUUCCAUCGACACCCAUUCCGCCGACACGGACUCUCUCGUCUUUGUGGUGGGGACCCACAGGGACAGCGUGUCGUCUGCCCAGCGACAAGAAGUGGCCUCUUUCCUCAGAACACACCUGUACACCUGUACCAAGUACAGCGGCCGACUUGUGAUCAACACCGCAGAAACACCGUACUUUCCCGUAGAAAACUCCGCAUCGCUAGAGGACCAGGACUUCGCGCGCUUACGGACAGUCAUGUGGCAGAAAAUGCAACAGGUGGCCUACAUGAAGAGGGAAUGUCCAAUCAAAUGGCAGCGAUUCUCUGACGUCAUCGGCACCCUACAGACCAAUAGGGACCCGCAUGUGGUACCCUACCAUGACCUGUUUGAGAAAGUGCGUAAGGAAGACAUUCUGGAGGAUGAAGACGACUUUAGACGAAUGUUAUCCUUCUUUAACAGAUCCGGACAAGUUAUCUAUCAUGAGAAAGACGCAGUGUUGAGUCAAUACGUGGUGGUUGACCCACAGGUAUUGGUAGACGCCAUGAAAAGCAUCACAACUCUCCCCAGACAUACCGCAGAACUACCGACGUAUCGUGAAAGACACGCGAUGUUGCGAGCCCAGGGCAUCCUGGAUGGAGACUUUCUCGCGGAGGUUCUGAACGAAGUCAAACCCGAUCACGCCGACGUCCUCACGACUCUCCUCGUGUCGCACGACUUUCUCUGCCCCUUACCCCAACAUCCCGCCGACAAGAAGUCACCACUGAUGAAACAGAGAUACCUCGUCCCACCCAUGUUGCCUCGUUACGAAACUGACCAACCGGGAGGCUUGUUCGAAAAACACCACGAUGACGACAACGUUGAAUACUACAUCGAUUUUGAUUCGUUCGAGCCUAGCCCUGUGUUCUACAGGUUGGUCGCCAAGCUUGUUUGUGAGACGGACUUCAAGAUCCGAGCUCGAGGAGCGCCGUUCGUCUUUAAGGACAGGGCGUGUUUUCAACUCCAUCGCCUGUUCUACUUCACAUUGGAGCUGGUCCGGGCAAGUACAGACCAACACCUCAUCCAGAUAACCGUCAAGAAGACUUCUUCUACAGCUGCGGACGGACAACUCAUUAAAGAACUGCACGGGAAGCUGGAGAUGAUCAGGCAGAGGGAUUUCCCGUGUCUGACGUACACCAUGGGCCCGAGGUGCCCCCAUCCUCCCCCGCACUUGGACCACAGUACCGAGCCGGGCGCCGUGCACGUGGUGGAGGUAGUGGAGUCAGGAGAAGAGUUCCCCGACUCUACCCAACCACUGAAGCUGUUGUGUCGGGAUCGGGAGGUCGUGGUCGACAUGAGCGGACUGAGGUCCAGGCUUCCGCUACAUCAGCCAGUAGAGCAUGAAGAACCUUCACAUCCCUUCCAAGUGCCGACACAAGAGAGGAGCUUCCAACCAACCGCGUCUGCAUACGCCGGUAGGUGCAGGCAUUCACAACCGUCCACCAUCGUCAUACAGGAAACAGCGCCGCCUAGCGAUUUACUCCCGAAGCCCGACGAGCACGGCCUUUACGACGUCAAACGUUGGCUUCAAGUUGCGCAAGACCCCGAGUCUGCAUUCGACAAAGGAGAGUGUUACCCCAUGUGGAAGAGGCCCAGAGGAGACGCUCUCAUCAUUAACAACAGGGACUUCGUUACCAUGGCGACCCGUCACGGGACAGAUGUGGACGCUGAAAACCUGGAGCGACUGUUCGAGGCGCUGUACUUCACCACGGAGAGAUGGAACAAUCUCAGGGCGCCGGUGAUGAAACUGGUUCUGGAAGACUUUGCCCAGAGAAGCCACGCGCAGUCGCAGUGCUGUCUGGUCGCCAUCCUGAGUCACGGUGGAGAUGAAGGGGUGUACAGCACGGACGAACAGCUGCUGUCGCACGCCGACAUCCUCAGCAAGUUCGACGGGAACAACUGUCCAGACCUCAGCUCCAAACCUAAAGUCUUCUUCAUGCAGGCUUGUAGGGGAACUGACAAAGACCGCGGCUCUCCCGCCACUGACUCCGGAGAAACAUUCCGGAAGCACGAGACCGCCAGGACCAGUCCGGAUACGCACCGGACCUUCUCCACUCGGGUGCCGAACCUUACCGACGUCUACCUCGCCUACUCCACCACUCCGGGUCACGUCUCCUGGCGGGACUGUGAGGGCGGGUCGUGGUUUAUCCAGGUGCUGGUGUCUGUGUUCCUGAAGUACGCCGCUACCAAAGAUAUCAACCAGCUCAUGACAAAGGUUAACCACGAGGUAUCCCGAAAGUUCGAGUCGGACAAACAUGACAAACAGAUGCCUGCUCCCGUCAACAUGCUCACAAAGGACCUCUUCUUCUGUUCGGGGUGGCACCGUUAAAGGCUUAGGAGUCCCACUUGGAGAGAGGAGCUCUGCCGGGCAGUUUACGGGCUGUUUUGGGGGGGCAUUUUCGGGUGUGACACCAACGUGGCCCCGUGGGGCAGCUUGCGGCUCCCGGGGUAUUUCUGGGCCCGGCCGGGUACCGGGUUGAAUUAAAGUCUGACUUAAAAUGAACCCGGGACCCGGUAACAGAUAGGCGCCCUUAUGGGGUAACAAACCAGGUGUGUACUGAAGAGAGCAAGAUUCAUAUCUGGUAUAUUUGAUCCACUCAUACCAGCAUAGACCCCUGCUCGUUUCGAUAAGGUGGUGUGAUGGGUUCUACAAAAUGCUGGAGGUCCUGAAACAUGCAUGUCAGACCUCCAUUUACCGUCAUAUCCGAGGGACGUUCCGUGGGACAUAUUUUUACAUUUGAGUGAAGUGAGAAAUUGGCGCAAAGUGCCUUUCCAAGGGCACAACACGGCAGUAUCUCCAGGUUCAGAGUCAACAACCCUAAACACAUGACCACUGUGUAUACACUAUUACAUUGCUUGCAUACAUCACAAACAUCAUGAUAUGAAGAUAUGAAGGUUAUAGGUCAACUUUAACAGGUUGACAGGUCUUACGUCAUUUCCUGUUUACAACAGGUAAACAAACAGACGGAAGUUGUCUGAGAUUGCAAUCGGGUUAUUUCAGGUCAUGACGUAGUGUUCUUUAUCACUGUGGGAAAACAACUGCCGCUAACAACAAGGAAUGCAACGUUAGACGUACUUUCCCUUUUAUAACAGCUAUUCACUCCUUAAGUGUACAUUAACUGCAACGUGAAUGGCCUUGUACGUGGGAGAGUAAUGACGCCAUAUCCCGUAAUAAA